AUGUCGCAGCCUGGGGCAUAUACGGUGCCGAACUACGACAUCUUCGGCCACCACCACCACAGCAAGCCCUUUAAGGACAAGUCUCAUUUCCUGGACAAAGAUGUUUGGCAUCCCAAGUGGUUGGAUGCGCCACCACCCAUCCGCUCCCGAACAGAACUGCAGCAGGCCCGCAAGCAGGGACGAAUUCCAGAAGUAAGGAGCUAUGAUUUUGAUGGUGAUGGAGUUGUGGGCCAGCUUGACUAUUUCAUCGGCAAGUGCUUUGACCAAGACGCGGAUGGGCGCCUGACGACGGCCGAGCGGCGGCGUGCCGACAAGGCUCUCGAAAGUGGGUUCCUCGACAAGUUCGUCCGAGGUUCACAAGUGUGGCCCUGCUGCGGCCUCGUCUUCGGGCAACAGCAAACAGCUGCGGCCCAUAAUGUCAUCUUGGCAUAUCGAUUGUUCUGCAUGCUGAUGCGUGCAUGCUUUGCCACCCACGGCUCGAAUAUUGACCCACAGGCAUUGGCAGUGUCCCGCGUGAUCGUCUCGGAUCGCAUAAACUUCCUUGAGCGUGAGAGCAUCGAGCUGAAGGCAGCACUUGUUCGCAAGGGAGACGCCGCUUUGAUGCAGAAAGAAGUGGAGCGUCUGGACCGUGCUUUGCAGCAAAAGGCAGAAACAGAAGAGAUCAGCAAGCUUCACCACGAGCUACAGCUUCAAUCACCUGUGGACCAGGUGGAGAUAUCUGAAGUGAAGAUGAUGCAGCAGGAAAUGAAGCAGAGCAUGCAGCACAUGCUAAGCUCCUUGCAGACGAAGGCCAGGUACCACAGGAUUCACAAAGGCAGGGACUUGCAGGCAGACUCAAGCACAACGGCGCAGCUGCAUGAUCUCAAGGCUACGGGAAGCCCUGGAUACGUGUUCUGGAGUGAGAGGCCUGCAAACGCUGAGUUGGAGGAGCUCUCGAUGGAGGAUGUCUGGGCCACACUUGACAGCAAGGCAGACACCAGCGGUGUCCUCGCCCUGCAGCAGCAGCUGCAGCAGCUGACUAGCACCCUGAACCAGAAGGCUGAUCGGGACGAGGCUGCGCCAAAGGAUCACAUCAAGCAGGUGGAGGAAGACGCCGCCGCGCUGCAGAAGGAGGUGGAGCGCAUGCAGCUUGCCCUGGAGCAGAAGGCCGAAGCUGAAGAUGUCAUCAAAGUCCACCAGAAGCUGGAUCAGCUUCAACAUGUCCCACCCGUGCCGGUGAACCAUGAGGCAGAGAUGUCCGAAGUGAAGAUGACGCAGCAGGAAAUGAAGCAGAGCAUGCAGCAUGUGCUAAGCUCCUUGGAGACGAAGGCCGAUUCGGACAAGCUGAGCUGCUUGCAAGAGAGCGUGCAGACGCUGUCGGCGGCUCUGCAAGACAAGGCAGACUCAAGCACAACGGCCCAGCAGCUGCAUGAUCUCAAGGCUGAGUUGGAGGAGGUCUCGAUGGAGGAAGUUUUGGCCACGCUUGACAGCAAGGCCGAUGCCGGCAGUGUCUUUGCCGUGCAGCAGCAGCUGCAGCAGCUAACCAGCUCCCUGAACCAGAAGGCAGACUCAAGCACAACGGCCCAGCAGCUGCAUGACUUCAAGGCUGAGUUGGAGGAGCUCUCGAUGGAGGAUGUCUGGGCCACACUUGACAGCAAGGCAGACACCAGCGGUGUCCUCGCCCUGCAGCAGCAGCUGCAGCAGCUGACUAGCACCCUGAACCAGAAGGCUGAUCGGGACGAGGCUGCGCCAAAGGAUCACAUCAAGCAGGUGGAGGAAGACGCCGCCGCGCUGCAGAAGGAGGUGGAGCGCAUGCAGCUUGCCCUGGAGCAGAAGGCCGAAGCUGAAGAUGUCAUCAAAGUCCACCAGAAGCUGGAUCAGCUUCAACAUGUCCCACCCAUGCCGGUGAACCAUGAGGCAGAGAUGUCCGAAGUGAAGAUGACGCAGCAGGAAAUGAAGCAGAGCAUGCAGCAUGUGCUAAGCUCCUUGGAGACGAAGGCCGAUUCGGACAAGCUGAGCUGCUUGCAAGAGAGCGUGCAGACGUUGUCGGCGGCUCUGCAAGACAAGGCCGAUCUGGUGCAGGAGCUAUGCGAGAAUAGGGAUGCUGACAAGGCAGACCUCGAUGCUGUUGUGGCCGAGCUGCGGGGCAAGGCCGAUCGGGAUGACGUCGCGGGGCAGGAGCAUGUCCAGAAGGCCUCGGAGCGAAUCAGUGCCCUGGAAAACGAAAGCAUGGAGCUAAAGGCGGCGCUUGCGCACAAGGUGCAGGGUGAUGCCGCGGUGCUGCAGAAGGAGGUGGAUCGCCUGGAGCUUGCACUGGAGCAGAAGGCUGAAGCCGAAGAGAUCAGCACACUGCACCAGAAGCUGGACCAGCUUCAACAUGCUCCUGCACCUAUGGAUCAUGAGGCAGAGAUGUCUGAGGUGAGGACGAUGCAGCAAGAAAUGAAGGAACGCAUGCAACACAUGCUAAGCUCGUUGGAGAUGAAGGCUGAUGCGGGCCAUCUCAGCAGCUUGCAACACAGCCUCCAGACACUUUCGGCGGCUCUGACGGACAAGGCCGAUCGGGAUGACGUCGCGGGGCAGGAGCAUGUCCAGAAGGCCUCGGAGCGAAUCAGUGCCCUGGAAAACGAAAGCAUGGAGCUAAAGGCGGCGCUUGCGCACAAGGUGCAGGGUGAUGCCGCGGUGCUGCAGAAGGAGGUGGAUCGCCUGGAGCUUGCACUGGAGCAGAAGGCUGAAGCCGAAGAGAUCAGCACACUGCACCAGAAGCUGGACCAGCUUCAACAUGCUCCUGCACCUGUGGAUCAUGAGGCAGAGAUGUCUGAGGUGAGGACGAUGCAGCAAGAAAUGAAGGAACGCAUGCAACACAUGCUAAGCUCGUUGGAGAUGAAGGCUGAUGCGGGCCAUCUCAGCAGCUUGCAACACAGCCUCCAGACACUUUCGGCGGCUCUGACGGACAAGGCCGAUCGGGAUGACGUCGCGGGGCAGGAGCAUGUCCAGAAGGCCUCGGAGCGAAUCAGUGCCCUGGAAAACGAAAGCAUGGAGCUAAAGGCGGCGCUUGCGCACAAGGUGCAGGGUGAUGCCGCGGUGCUGCAGAAGGAGGUGGAUCGCCUGGAGCUUGCACUGGAGCAGAAGGCUGAAGCCGAAGAGAUCAGCACACUGCACCAGAAGCUGGACCAGCUUCAACAUGCUCCUGCACCUGUGGAUCAUGAGGCUCAAAUCUCUGAAGUCAAGAUGAAGCAACAUGAGCUGCAAUGCAGUGUUCAGCAAGUGCUGGGCACCUUGGAGAUGAAGGCAGACGCAGACAAGCUCGCCAGUCUGUCCACAGCACUGGAAGACAAGGCGGGUUGUGCAACAGUGCUGGACAUGCAGCAGAAGUUGCAGCAGCUGGCUACCAUCCUGGACGAGAAGGCCGAGCCGGAGACUCCAAGUACCUCCGAAGAAGUUUGGGCCACGCUCGACAGCAAGGCCGACGUUGGGGGUGUCCUUGCCCUUCAGCAGCAAGUGCAGCAGCUGACGGGAUCCUUGAACCAGAAGGUUGUUGAGAUGGACACGCACUUUGCCAGAUGUCGCGGAACAGCCGAUCUGGUGCAGGAGCUUUGCGAGAAUAGGGACGCUGACAAGGCAGACCUCGAUGCCGUCGUAGCCGAGCUGCGGGGCAAGGCCGAUCGGGAUGACGUCGCAGCGCAGGAGCAUGUCCAGAAGGCCCAGUCCAUGAUCUCGGCAGCGAAGAGCGAGGUGAUGGACAUCUUAAAGUCGAAGGCCAACGCAGACCGCGUACCUACCCUUCAGCAGUGGCAGGAGCUUCGAAGCAUUGUGGCAAGAAAGGCUGACACGCUUCGCGUGCCGACGAGCCAGCAAAUGAGAGAUAUGCACCAGACCAUGACAAACCUGAAGGCAGCCGUGGAGAAUAGUGUCACGCUGGAAGAGGUCCAUGAGCACCUGAGUCUCAAGGCGGACGCGAGCAAUGUACCGACUCUGGAGCAGUUUCAACAGCUUUUGGCGAUGGUGCAUUCCAAAGCAAACGUGGACGAAGUGCCGACAAAGGAGCAAUUUGACGAGCUCCGGACACCCAAGCGAAUGAGCCUUUGCCAUUCCCACUCUGUGGUGUUGCCGCAAGAAACUGCUGAGACGCACUUUGCAGGAAUGAGCCUCGCCAACUGCGGUGAACUUAGCUUGUUGGCCACAUUCCAUGGCUGGCGAUGGAAAGCCGCUUUGCAUUGGCACUUGGCACGCGAGUUGUCCUAUGACGACAUCGCAGCGUGCUGUUUGCAGUUGUCUGUGAUGGCUAAUGAUAAUGCUGGUCGAGAUUCGCAAGCAUGUGAGUCAAUCAGCAAAGUGGUGCACCGGGAUACCGUUUUGAUUGCUCUUCUGGCCUCACUCGAUGACCUGCUGAUUGAUGAUUUGCAGCCGAAAAUUGUGGACUUUGAUGGCGCUAGUGAAGAUGUUGCUAUUCAUCCCGCCCAGCUUUGUCUCUCCAACCUACUUCUCAACUCUCGCAACGGGAAGGUCAAACAGAAGCGCGGCGUCAUCUGCGGCCCAGAUAGCGCCAAUGCUGCCAGUAUCCUCCUCACUUCAAUGCCCAUCAUGUUCCAGAGCACUAUACCAGGACGGAUCCCGGACAGGACAGCGCUGAACCUAAGCCGCAAGGCUGAGGGCAAGGCUGCCGGGCUCAUCGCGGGUGAGAACUGGGCAGCGCGCUGUGAGCCAGUGUCGGAGCGCCAACCCCCAAAUCAUGAGUCACAUCCACGAGAUUGUCCGAUUGCGCAUAUCCGCGAGCGUGCAGAAGCAGAUCACCAGUUGGCGCGUGUCCGUGGCGGCCUGAUGCCCAUGAGCUACCCGGUGAACCCGGAGCGUGAAUGCAAGAUGGUUGGCAUGCAGCGGGUGGAGGAUCCAACCUUCCGAACAAGGGGCCAGCUUUUGGAGACCCGCAAGGAGCUCAUGAAGCGUGACAAUGAGGACUUGAGGCUCAAUGGCGACGAGUACUACGUGCCGCUCUCCAUCAGGAACGGCGAACGAGAGGUGCGCGAGUAUGACUUCCGACAGCCGAAAGAAGAGCCCAUGACGCUCACAAAGCUAAAGGACAACAGACACAAAGAUAAGAUCGAGUAUGACAUGAACCAUUUCGGCUUUCCGCAAGUCUUCCCACGAGAGUACCCAAAAUUCUCUGAUCAUCCUGACAUUCCUUUUUGGGUAUCCAACCCUGAAGAUGCCCGCAUUGGGACUAGUCCGCCACAGACUGUGACCAGGAAUCACAGCGAGCCUGCUUUCAAAGUCACCGAGCUACCCUUCGGAGAUGAACCCAGGGACACCUACGAAGCAAUGCCAGAUUCCGCAAAAGCGCUGGCAGCUGGCAAGACGAGUUUGGGCCGCCAGACCGAGCUGGGCAGCAAGACCGUGAAGCGCUGGUCCACGGACAUGCUGGAGCGGGGCCAGGACUUGGAGCCACUCGAUCUGACGCCGUGGUCUUACAACCAUAGCGUGCUGAAGAGCGCAAGAAGGCGAGCAAAGCACAAGAGUUCGGCAAUUGUGUUUACCAUUGCACAGAGCACGCAGUCCAAAGAGCUUGCCUUGUCACCAGAUGGCGUCGGUGCCGAAGCGCAGCCGCCUCUACGUGGAUCCAUCAGAGGCGGGCGGGAGCUGAUGAAAGCUAGGAGGUUCCUCAUCACAGAUCUGUGCCAGGUCUUGCUGGGCUCUUCUCCCGCCAAUGAGGCCGGCCAAACUUCCGAGUCCAAGAGACGCUUGGGUGAUGCACUGCAGCAGGACGCCGAGUGUUCAACUCGUCCCGGCCAGAAAUGCGCCUUCCAAUUUCUGCAGUUUGCAGCUGCCGUAGAUUUGAAAGAAGAGGGUGACGGUGAAGACGAAGAUGUAGCCGAUCGCAAGGAUUGGAAAUCCUAUUUUGAUUGGCGGGACGAGCUGUCUACACCACUUGGACACGACCUCCUGACUGAAGCAUACUCUGGCACUGACUGCAAGUACCAUGUCUGUGACCAGGUGGAAGUCGGUCCAAGCAAGUGCUUGGGAGGGAGGUGCAUCUGUGCUCAGGGCUGGAGGGGACGCGAUGGAAAAUGCAUUCCUGUGGAUCAGAAAACGUGCGCCAAGAAGACCGGCGGAGGGUGCCGUUUCUGGGGCUGUGCAUCGUCAAGAGGUGCUGUUGACUGUCAGGCCGGCGAAUGUGUCUGCAAGACAGGCUUCUGCGCCAUUGGCGGCCGCUGCCAAGUCGUUAAAGACGUAGGCAGCCGCUGCAAUUCGACUCUCCCGUGCAAUAAGUCUCUGGGGGAUGUGGCAUGCGAGGAGGAUGGAUACUGCGCCUGCGCGUCGGGAUCCGGCUUCAUUGACGCUAGAUGUCAGCAUGUGUCUGAGUCAACUUCACAGUGGCACUGGUGGCGAUGA